UCCCGCGAAGCAAGAACAGAUUGUUCUGUGCCCUGUAGUGAGGAUGGCGAUGCAGAAUCCUUGACGGAUUGGAGGGCGCUAUCUUGGGUUCUCGCCGAAUAUGUUCCCGUGGCACAUUUGGCCUUGUUGAGGGAUGGAUAUGCGACUCCGUGUGGCGGCCGUCCUCGCGCGGGCUUGGGCAGUGGAUUCUUUGCUCGCCGACGGUCGAGGGCUCUCGAGUCUUAUCCUAUCUAUAGGUGCAAGUUGCGUUGCGUGAUCAUUGAAUCUCGAACGGUGGCAGCACACGCUAGCGGUACGUUCUGCCUUAGCGCCUCCUGGCAACACAAGGCACGAACUUGCAAGUCAUUCUAAAAUGCUUAGUAAUGUUACGUGUUGUCGGUGGGUCAACUUCUAUGGUCAUGAGACAGGUUGGUUACAGUUUGCUAGAGGUAUCAGGUUCAGGAUCGCUUCUUUGUAAUCAGUAGCACAUCCUUUUGUGAGAUAUGAUUCAGUAUGCUGUGAAUUUAAGGAUACAUGACAAGGAAGAUUUUGCGAAAGUGGUCUAGUUUUUGACCAAGUAGUUAAUUGCUGGGCUGAAAACCUGUUCCAUGCCUCCAUUGGUAAAUACGAUUUGGGUUGAGCUCAAAUGUAUGUCUGUUUGGUUUUGGGCUCUUGUGGUUACUUAUGGGAAUGUCUGAUAAAAUACAAAGCUGGAAGGAAUAAAAUUGAAACGUUUUCAUUGACGUGCACAUUUCCAGCAAUUUGUGGGUCGAUUUUGGCUCUUUGGUGAACUGCCUAUAUUCCAAUUUCCCAAGCGCAUGCUGAUGCUACCCUGUUACUAUGAAAUUGAUAAUACAAGAUUUCGCAUUAUGUAACAUGGAAGGAAGAAGGGGGGAAUCAAUAAUUCCAGGUGAAGUAUUAUGUAACUGCAAAGAAACCCUUUUAGUAUUGUGCGUUAUAGCCUAAUAAACUUUUCCAGUGACCUUUAUAUCAACAUAUAACUGACUGCUAGUUUGGCUGAUGGUCAGAGUUCUUUUAGAAGUACCUUGUGUGUGCAUGACAUUUUACAGUGGGUGUGUCAAGAUGAAAGAGUGGAACGUAGAUUGACCAUCAAUGAUGCAAAAUGGACUCCAAUUGGGGUUGCCAUGCAAAAGAUAAAAUUGUGUUCCAGACAGGAAGAGCUGAGUUUCAUGGUUCUGGACUGAUCGGAUCCUUCCGAACAAUCUACCGAACAGAAGGUCUUUUAGGGUUUUACAGGGGUAAUGGUGCUAGUGUUGCUCGAAUUGUUCCUUAUGCAGCUCUGCAUUAUAUGGCCUAUGAAGAAUACCGCCGGUGGAUCAUUCUUGCUUUUCCGAAUGUUGAGCAAGGGCCUGUUCUUGAUCUCAUGGCUGGAUCGAUAGCUGGAGGAACAGCUGUCAUAUGCACAUACCCUCUUGAUCUAGUCCGCACAAAGUUGGCUUAUCAGGUAAAAGGUGCAGUGAAUGUCGGUUUCAGAGAAUGUAAGCCCUCUGAACGGGUUUACAAAGGGAUUAUGGAUUGUGUCAAAACAAUAUACAGACAAAAUGGGUUGAAAGGCAUAUACCGUGGCAUGGCUCCGUCACUAUAUGGAAUCUUCCCUUACUCUGGUCUUAAAUUCUACUUUUAUGAGAAGAUGAAAAGUCAUGUUCCUGAAGAGCACAGGAAAGAUAUCAUAGCUAAACUUGGUUGUGGAUCAGUUGCGGGUUUGGUAGGACAGACAAUAACAUACCCCCUUGAUGUUGUUAGGCGGCAAAUGCAGGUUCAGGCCCUUUCAUCGUCCAGCCUUGUGGGGAGAGGAACAUUUGAAAGCCUGGUUCUGAUAGCAAAGCAGCAAGGUUGGCGACAACUAUUCUCCGGAUUAUCUAUCAACUAUUUGAAGGUGGUGCCAUCAGUAGCCAUAGGAUUUACUGUUUAUGACUCGAUGAAGGUUUGGCUUAAAGUUCCAUCAAGGGAGGACACUACUGUUUCAAUCUUGACAGAAGAACGAAGUGAUGCAGCUCCUAUCCCCUCUAGUUAGAAACUUAGAAUGAGUUUUAACUCUUUCGGUGCUGCGAUGCUCCUUGCUGCCUUAACAUUCUUAAGGCAUUGUAGUAUAGCAUUCUUUCUUGGAGCUGCAUCACCGUAUAGCUGCCAGGCUUCUCCAACGCAAUGGAGACAAAAAAAUUCGACAAUCAAUAAGCGCAAAAGCAGGUAGUAGAUGCCAAGAAAAACCUUGGCAUAUUAACUGGAGGAAUAGUUUUCAAAAAAUAUUAACUGGAGGAAUAGAAUUCCUUGCAGAUUUACCGAUUC